UCCCUCCGCCGUGGACCCACAAUGGUACAGCCAGCAUCUUGCAGCACAAUGGUUGCAAGGUGGUGAGUGAUUCAGCAUUGGCGGACCUCUCCUUUUCGUUUCCAUUCCUCGUCGUCUUUUUGUUGUUGUUGUGACUCUCUGCUUCCUUCGCCGCUCGGCAUCUUCAUGAACGCGUAAAGUCAGCCUCCCGCAGCUAUGAUCGCCGCAGUGUUCCUCGUCGGGAUGUUUUGAAGAAGAAGAAGAAAAAAAUAGAAAGAGAGGAGAAGGAGAGGAACCGUCAGCGGACUGGGAUCGUCAUCAGCUGGCACGGAAUGGUAUUUAUGAGCAGACAUUUCUUAUAUAACUGCAGCCAACCGAUCCUGGAUGUGAAGAUAGCCUUUUGUCAGGUGUGUGUUCCUUACAGGUAAAAAAGGGUUUUGGAAAACAAGUGGAUGUGUCAUAUAUCGCCAAACAUUACAACAUGAGUAAAAGCAAAGUGGACAACCAGUUCUACAGCGUGGAAGUGGGAGACUCCACUUUCACAGUUUUAAAACGGUACCAGAAUUUAAAGCCCAUCGGUUCCGGAGCUCAGGGAAUCGUCUGUGCUGGUUAUGACGCUGUCUUGGACAGAAACGUGGCCAUCAAGAAGUUGAGCAGACCCUUCCAGAACCAGACCCAUGCCAAGAGGGCGUACCGGGAGUUGGUGCUCAUGAAAUGUGUCAAUCACAAAAAUAUUAUCAGUUUAUUAAACGUCUUCACACCACAGAAAUCAUUAGAGGACUUCCAGGAUGUGUACCUAGUGAUGGAGCUGAUGGAUGCCAACUUGUGCCAGGUGAUUCAGAUGGAGCUGGACCACGAGAGAAUGUCCUACCUGCUCUACCAGAUGCUGUGUGGUAUCAAACAUCUGCACUCGGCUGGCAUUAUUCACAGGGACCUGAAACCAAGCAAUAUAGUGGUGAAGUCAGACUGCACCCUGAAGAUCCUGGACUUUGGUCUGGCCAGGACCGCAGGCACCAGCUUCAUGAUGACCCCUUAUGUGGUGACUAGAUACUACAGAGCCCCGGAGGUCAUCCUCGGCAUGGGGUACAAAGAGAAUGUGGAUUUAUGGUCGGUGGGGUGCAUUAUGGGAGAAAUGGUGCGCCACAAAAUCCUCUUCCCUGGGCGGGACUACAUCGACCAGUGGAACAAGGUGAUUGAGCAGCUGGGAACGCCCUCUCCCGAUUUCAUGAAGAAGCUUCAGCCCACAGUGAGGAACUACGUGGAGAACCGGCCAAAGUACGCAGGCCUCACCUUCCCCAAGCUCUUCCCCGACUGCCUUUUCCCUGCUGACUCUGAGCACAACAAACUCAAAGCCAGCCAGGCCAGAGACCUGCUGUCCAAGAUGCUGAUCAUCGACCCGGCCAAGCGGAUAUCGGUGGACGACGCCUUGCAGCACCCCUACAUCAACGUGUGGUACGAUCCAGCUGAGGUGGAGGCGGCCCGAGAUCUCAUCCAAAUAUCCAUGCCUCCACCUCAGAUCUACGACAAGCAACUGGAUGAGAGAGAACACUCCAUUGAUGAAUGGAAAGAACUAAUUUACAAAGAGGUGAUGAACUUUGAGGAGAGAACGAAGAAUGGCGUAGUGAAGGGACAGCCUUCACCUUCAGGUGCAGCCGUGAACAGCAGCGACAGCCUCGCCCACUCCACCUACAUCAACGACAUCUCCUCCAUGUCAACCGACCAGACCCUGGCCUCAGACACCGACAGCAGCCUGGAGACCUCCGCGGGGCCCCUCGGGUGUUGCAGGUGACUAGCCGCCUGCCUGCGCAACCCCGCGUUCUUUCGAAGGUGAAGAACCCAACCGACCCGGCCGACCGACUGAAUAUACGCACACCGGAAAAAAAACCAACAAACAAAAGAGUAAAAGAUCAAAAUGAAUAUAUUGAGAACAAAAACACGAGGAAGGUGGAAACACAGAAUCUGGAAUGAUGAAAUCUGGAGCCUGUGCAUCGUCAUUCAUAAACAGCAGUGGUAUUUAACCUGAACUAAAUGAGAUAGAUGUUAAUGAUUCUCUAGUUGCUUUUGCUUAUAUUUACCCCACAUAUCUUGUGUAUGGCAUCCGAACAAAAAAACGACCAAAUGCUUCAACUCGCAUCUCCUGUGAAGUGAAUACUGACCUGCGGCUGUUCCUCCCAAUUCCUCACAGGAGCAUUAACGCUCCCGCCGUUGUGGCGUGGUGGGCGGCGGCCAUUUUGCCCAUCACUCCUGCACAAUACGUUCUCCCUCUCAAACCGUUCAUGUGUAGACACUGCUGUGUAUUUUAACCUCUCGGCUUUGUCUACAAGACCACCCAACACAACCCCCCCCCUCUCACGUAAGAUUGCCCGAUUGGUGUGUUUUUAUGUGGUUAUUCUGCAGGGACACGUAGUCGCUCUCCCCCAGAGCGGCGCUUCCUGCGCUACUUGUAAAUAAUGUAAUUCUGUACAGCUGAAGGGCACACAGAGUGGGACUGACGGCCAGUACACCGGGAGGGUUUUUUUUCCCCCUUUUUUUUUUCUGAGUAGCACACGUCGCCACAUCACCGCUUUGCACCUCAGUUGCCCCCCGUCUAUUGCUGUAGUCCUGCAUGAUUCGAUUUUAACUCUGCUAAUCUCACUCUGUAUUACUAAAAUGAGUCUGUAUACAGACUUUUGUUUAUAUACCAUGUAAACUAACUAAACACUGGACAUUUGGGGGGUCUGGUCACAGGACAGGACGAGUGAGUGUGCGUGUGCGAGCCAUUUAGACGUCGGUAAAUGUCAGGGCUGCGUUUGGGACUUAAAGGGUCAGUACACUCUGAAAUAAAUUAUUUUGAUGCUGAGGCUUCAUGAAAUGACCCUCAAGGGGGUUAAGAAGUCUGAUUUGUGCGUAAUGUCCCUUUUAUUUCUCCUGAUAGUGUAUGAUCGACCCCCUCCAGCACACGCAUGUCGUUGUUCCCCAUUAACCCCACAUGGGAGCAGGUGGUUGGUCUGGUUCGCCGUGGUGUCGCCACGAGGAGGCGACUCUUAUUUAUUGGAUUGUCCGAAGCAUCCAAGGCUUUUGGGAGGGGAUCCAAAUGAUACAGUGAGACGUUUGGAAGGCAGGCGGUGAGUGUUCACCUCGUAGCAGUGUAUCAAUUUGUCCUCAAGGAAACCCAUGCACGUCCUUUGACGACACAACGCACAAAAACAAAAUUUGUUUUUGUCAAUUGAAUUGGAUGGAGGCAACGCAACUGUUAUGUUGUCUACAUUAUUUCUUAUCUGGAAGACUUAUUUAUUGAAUUAUUUAUUUCGAGAGAUGGAAACUGAAUAUGGCAAGUGCCUUUUGGAAUGAAGCAUUGCAAGUGCAGAAAUGAUAUUAAUUUGGCCAUUUAUUUCUGUGCUUCCUCUUUUUCUACCUUAUAACUAUCGGAAUCUCCCCGGCCACCAAACAUUAAAGUUCCUCUGAUCCUCUUUUUGUGGUGUGAAAUCAAAUUGCUUUCCUAAGAUUGUAAGGCUAAAGACCUACCUAUGCUAUGUUUUACACAACAUGAAAGGUGUUCUGCCAUGUUGCAUGUUAAUUAAAUUAAAUUUUACUUUAAAAUAAAACAAUGUGAACAGAUUCUCUCAGUCCACCGGUGUAGGCCACAUCCAACCUUUGAUAUUUCCACCAUCUAAUGUCCACUCCAUUCAAAACACGAUAUAUAUCCACUGCUGACAACAACAGUUUUAGCUACAGUAGCAAUAGCUGCUUUCAUUUAAUGUGUUCCUACAGCUUCUGAAGCUUUUAUUUUAUUUUCCUGCUUCAGAUAUAAAACACAGUAUAAGGUGUUUACUUGUGCAUGUUUCAUUUACUCUUAGCUUACAUGAUCUUGGUUUCCACUGCCAUGUUCCAUGUCCUCAUGCAGGGUUGUGUGGGUUUAUGGGCAAAGACCCAUUAACAGAUGCUGGGUUAUGCAAUCACAUUUCACAAGCAAGGAAAAAACACUUGUUCUAAUGGGCCUUCAGUCGGAUGGAAAGACUUUAUAGCAACUGAGAGCUGUUUUUGUUUCAGGAGAUCUCGCUCCCCCUUUAUGCAUAGUUUGCAGAGUAAAUAGAUUUCCCGUCACCUCUUGACAAUCAGGUACUAUUUUUAAAAUCAAGUGUAAAAUCAUCAUGUUCCGAGCACGUCCAAACACGACUUGCGUUACUUCCUGCCUUUGGAAGCUGCAUGACUCAAAUGUCCGCUAUCCCAAGAAUAAUGGGUGAAUGUCGGUCAUGACAUCGUUAAAUCAUCCCAGACGUGCGAUAACAGCUUUGUUUAGUCGGACGUCUAAUGUAAUUUGACGGUCUAACUGUGACCUCUGCUUCAAAAGCUUCAGCACAGCGGUUUACUUUCUGCAUGGAGUCUCCUGGAAGCAGCAGAGUGAUCUACAUAACUUCUACAGGCUACUUUUGAUGACACUCCUCCGGCCUGUGGCUUGUGUGCAGAGAAUCACACGCACACACACACCGACUUGCAGCACCUUAGCAGAGAUGAGAGGGUGACCGACGGGGGAGGCGGGUGGCGUUUUACCAGUAGAAUACGGCUAGCUCGGCGCUCUGUUCGGGGUCUGGCCCGGGGGGCAAACUUUCAGAAUACAGGGUGCAACUUUGACGUUUCUUUGUGUUUUUGAAAAUGUUCGAAUCUCUUGCAAAAAAAAAAAAAAAAGGGGUCUAAGUGUUUUCGAGUCGACUCCUACGCCACGGAGACACGGCGUGGCGGUACUGGUUUUAACUACAUUCUUCCUUUGGACUCCAAAUACUGAAACAGAUUCCGUCGUUUCUUUUCUCUGAAUGUGAUCUUUUUUUUUUUUUUUAUAAGAGAACCCUCCAGACAAUUGUGUUGUAACAAAAAGGUGCUUUUGAGCCUGAAGUGGAGCUGACUCUAACAGCACCGAAUGUAGAAAUGAAUUGUUUCACUCACGUCACUGCUGCUCUGCUUUGUCAUCAGCGUGUGUUUGUUUGAUUUCAAAUUAACCAGCAUUCAACACAAACUGUCUGUAAGGUUGAAUCGAAAGAUGUGAACUCGACGAGUUAUUUGACAGGUUGUGUUUUCACAUGUUUCUUUCAAUGUAAGUUUUGGCGGGGUCGGUUGCAAGAAUGUUGAUGGAGAGUCGGUACAGUCACGUGUUUGGAAGUAGUUCAUGUGUGUAUUCACGUUCAAUCACAUAAACCUUAGGAAUUAGAAAUGUGUCAACUGCUAAUCCUGCUCCUAAUUUUUGUCACACAAGGGGUUUCAAGUGAUCUCUUGUAUAUUCAGGAUUCAAAUUCGUUUUCCGUCAGCCGUUUAUUUGCAUUUGGAAAAUGGCCCAAAAACGCAUGAUUCAGCCAGAACACGAUUGCCGGUAUCACAAGUUAGGGUGCAUCUUAUACCCAACUGUGCCAGCGUAACAUCUUUGGAUCCAGUACUUGUGACCCCGAAUUAAUUCAUUUUCACCUUUUUUUCUUUCACGUCAUAUUGUAUAUAACAACAAUCCAAGAAUGCAAUAAAACCGUUAUUGCACUCAGACAGGGAGGCAGGCUGCUGCAAGGUCAGGCAAUGCUGAAAUGUUCCGAGUCUUUAAAUGUGGAACUCCACAGUAAUGAAACCCUGUAUAGCUCAUCUGAAUCAGGGGAUGUUGUUCUAUGAUUCUUUUACAUUUACCUUCUCUCUUGUUUAUUUUACUCCGUGCUGUUUUAAUGAAACAUUCUUUUGAAAUUGUCAGGUUGAAAAAAAAGAGAAAAUAAAUUAUUAUCUGUUUCACGCUGAUCUCAAAGCUUCAGGCUAUAGCGUUUCAAAUAAAGUCAAAAACAAAUGCAAAAGAAAAAGAAAAAAAAUACUGAAAGCUGUUACUGUAAACACAACAUUUUAAAGGAACUGUGUAUGAAAAAAUAGUAUAUGUAUGUGAUUGAAAAUAAACAAAAUCUUUGAUCUUGGA